AUGCAAGAUGCAAAAGCAAGUGAGGAAUUUGUAUAAAAUGAAUAAGAAUUUAAAUACAUUAGUGAGUAGGUGAAAUAGAAAUUGAGAAAAGGAGAAUAUAGUACAGAUGAAUUUUAUAAGAAGAACGUGGAUGAAUUAAAAAGAUGUGUAAGGUUUUUAGAAUAAAAAAUAGGUUAAAAUGAUGGAAACCGAAGCUUAAAUGACUUCAACUCAUUCUAAAAAAAUAUUAUAGAAUAAGAUUUUAUAAUAUAAAAAGUAAUUGGAUGUGAUUGAAGAGAGCAUUAAUGAAUUAUUGAUAAAACAAAAGAAAACAGAUAAUUUAAAAGGAAAUUUAUUUGAGAAUGAUUUAAUUAUAGAAGAGAUCGAUAGAUUAACUUAAGAGACUGAAUAAAUUGCCUUAAAUGUAGAUUCUAAAAUGAAUGCAGGAACUUUAGCAUUGCAAUAAUCUAAAUUUAAAGUAUUAUUUUAAAAUGAAAUAGAAAUAAGACUUAAAAUCAAAUUUAAGGAAGAGUGAUUUUACAAUAUAAAUGAUGAAUAAUAAAAUAACUUUAGAUAAAGCUUCAUUAAUGGUUAUUAUAAUAUUAUUAGGAAUCAUAGACAUAUUUGCAAUCUACAAAAAAUUUCUAUGA